AUGACUUCUACUUUGCCAUUACACAUGUAUAUCAGACCUUUGAUAAUCGAGGAUGCUGAACAAUCGUGUGAAUUGGAAGCCAAGGGUUUCCCAGAGCACGAAAGAGCUUCUUUAGAGAAGAUCAAGUUUCGUUUGACUGCUUGUCCUGAAUUAUGUUCCGGUUUAUUCAUUAGAGAAUUCGAAGGUAAGGAAUUGAAGUCUGAAACUUUAAUUGGUCAUAUCAUGGCCACUAAAAUACCCAAGUCAGCUAAUGGUGUCACUUUGAUCACUUUAGAAAGUAUGGGGGAAGUCCAUUCCGAAUCUAGUGAUACCAUUGGGAUCCAUUCUUUAGUUAUUGAUCCAGAAUUUCAAAAGAAAAACUUGGCCACUUUAUUAUUGACCGAUUACAUUCAAAAAUUGAGCAACCAGGAAAUAGGUAUUAGAAUCUCUAUUAUUGCUCAUGAAGCAUUGGUGCCAUUUUAUGAAAGAGUAGGUUUCCAACAACAAGGUGAAAACAAAGAUGUUCAAAAAGACACUCAAUUCGCAUCCACCAAGUGGAUUGAUAUGGUCAAAGAGCUUGUAAAGGAGGAAUACGACAAUUAA